AUGUAUGACCAGGUGCUAAAGUUUGGCUCUUACAUCGUGGAUGCCCUGCUUGAGUUCAACCAGCCUGUACUGGUUUACAUCCCUCCCCACGCUGAGCUGAGAGGAGGAUCAUGGGUUGUGAUCGACCCCACUAUAAACCUUCAGCACAUGGAGCUCUAUGCAGAUCGAGAAAGCAGAGGGGGUGUUCUAGAGGCCGAGGGCACAGUAGAGAUCAAGUUCAGAAAGAAAGACCUGCUAAAGGCCAUGCAAAGGAUUGAUGCUGUGUAUUCCCGUCUGGCUGAGCAGCUAGGCAACCCGGAGUUACCAAGCCAGGAGCGUAAAGACUUGGAGGCCAAACUGAAGUCUAGAGAGGAGUUCCUUCUUCCCAUCUACCACCAGGUGGCGGUGCAGUUUGUGGACCUUCAUGACACUCCAGGAAGGAUGCAGGAAAAGAGUGUCAUCACGGACAUCCUGGACUGGAAGAACGCUAGGUCAUUCUUUUACUGGCGUCUGAGGCGACUGCUGUUGGAGGAGGUGGUGAAGGGGGAGAUCAUGCAGGCCAACCAAGAUCUGAGCAACGGCCACAUACAGUCCAUGUUACGCCGCUGGUUUGUGGAGACAGAAGGGGCUGUAAAAACGACGUCUCGAUUAUAA